AUGAAGAAAGAGUGGGGUAGUGGUAUGGAGCGCUCUAUGUUCCGUUGCAUCAAAGAUGGACACUUAGCGGAGACUUCGUCCGUCGCGCUUGAUCAUUACCUUUGCGGAAAAAAGUUCUUCUGGCAUGAAGAGAACGGACGCAAGAAACAGUGGCGACGUCGCGAACUGGACUUGAUCAUCUGUUGCCCUUGCCCUGCAGGAGGAGGAGGAGGAGCAGUCGGAGGAUGUGGUGGAGGAGUUGCACCACCACCAGUAACGGGAGGAGGUUACGCAGUGGCUCCACCUCCAGUAGGAGGAGGAGGAGGUUAUGCGGUUGCAGGAAAGAAGUAG